AGACAAGAGCUUAACUUGUACAAUGAAAAGAACAGCCCAGGUAGUAAAGAUCAGGUAGAGCAGGGCUCUUCUGAGCUACCAAUCGCGUUAAGAAACCUGUCGUAACCAAGUGCCCUUAACUCCCGCCCCCACCCCUCACCCCGUGAAAGACUCCCGAGGACAUUCACAACAGCGAAGAGGAGGCGGUGAAUCUACUAAAGGGGCGGGCUCGCUGCUCUCCUCCAUAGCAAUGAGGCGAGGAGAGCGACGUCCCGUCUCUAUGGUUGUCCUGUUACGCGAUGACGGCACGCGGCCUCGGAGGCUCUUGCCGCAGCCGCAGUGUUGCGCUUGCUGCAGAGGUGGCGGCGGGAAGCAAAAUGACUGGAGGAGGGAAGCGGAGAUCGCGCGCGGCUGUGCAGGGGCUUGAGCAGUGUGAAAAAACUAAGGACAAAAAGAAAAGCCGGUCUAGUGAAGUAGACAUCCCCAGUCAUCUGUGCCAUGAAGUGGAAACUUGUUAUCGACUCAAAAUGCCUGAAGAUUUCUAUCAUUUCUGGAAGUUUUGUGAGGAGCUGGAUCCUGACAAGCCAUGUGAUGCACUUCAGUCAAGCAUUGGACUUCAGCUAGUUGGACCAUAUGAUAUUCUUGCUGGAAAACACAAAGAGACAAACAAAUCAGGAGAUGUGAACUUCAGCCUUCACUGGAGAUUUUUUUAUGAUCCUCCUGAAUUCCAGACUGUCCUUAGUGGGGACAGCAAAAUGCAAUAUCAUGUGGGAUAUUUUAGGGACAUGCCAGAUGAAUUGCCAGUGUGGAUUGGAGAAAAUGAAGCCAAGAAAGGCUGUACGAUUUCUCAAGUUGGUGACAAUAUAUUUGCUGCUGUAAAAUUAUUUUUAUCCAGAAAGCUUAAGGAAAUGCCAGAUAAAAAGAAAAAUGGCAUUUUGAAAGCAAUAGAUGAAAAACUAACUGAAGCAGCAAAAAAAAUGGGCUAUUCACUGGAGCAAAAAACAGUGACAAUGAAACAGAGAGAUAAGAAAGUAGUGACAAAGUCUUUUCAUGGAGCUGGUCUGGUUGUUCCUGUAGAUAAGAAUGGUGUUGGGUACAGAGAGCUUCCAGAAACAAAUGCUAGUCUUAAAAGAAUUUGUAAAGCCAUUGUAGAUGCUCCUAAUGAUGACCAGAGACUGAAAGCCUUCGCCCCUAUUCAGGAAAUGCUGACUUUUGUUCAGUUUGCUAAUGAUGAAUGUGACUAUGGGAUGGGAUAUGAACUGGGCAUAGAUCUCUUCUGCUAUGGGUCACAUUAUUUCCACAAGAUUAUUGGCCAGUUGCUGCCCCUUGCCUACAAUUUGCUGAAGAGGACCCUGUUUGCAGAAAUUAUUGAAGCUCAUUUAGCUAAUAGAAGAGAAGAGAAUGUAGACCAACUUGCAGUGUGAUAUAAAAUGAAAUUUGUACAGUUAAGUAUCAUUUUUUCCCUGUUAAACUGAUGUAGUUAAUAUGUGUGAUAAAUAAAACAUUUCUUUCUAAA